AUGGCAGACGAAAACCGCUACGUCGUUUUGCUUGGUAAGGUCGGUCAUGGAAAGACGAGACUGCUCAAUGAGCUCACGGGCUCGACAUACCGUUCCUCAGCGGGAAACUUGAGUUGCACUCGACGGCUUCAGAAAGGUCAGAUUGCUGGAAGUGAAGUCUUCGUCCUCGACACGCCUGGGCUUUACAGCUCUGAUGAUGUUGCCGGGCACAUCAAUGCACAAGUGAAGGCCUUUGAACACCCAAUAUCUGGCAUUUAUGUCGUCGUCCGCUUCGGCGAGCCCGGGGAAAUGGCAGAGGUAGCAAAUCGAGUAAUGGACAUGACAAGUGAAGAGGAUGUCCGAGUCAUCUGUACACACUUAGAUACCGAGGAAGGGAAGCGCGGAUUCGACGGCGAUCGUGUUGCUGUGGACCUCUCGUAUCUUCUGGAGAUUCCUAAAGAACACAUCGCGAUGGUGGGAAAGAACACCGAUAGCGUUGCAAUCGAGAAAUUCAUUCUCAACACUAUCCAUAGACCGAGGGACAUCAAAGUGGCAAAAGAGCAGCGCUCGGUCGUUGCAUCACUGUCGGUGGGUUCCAGGAAAUUCAACGUAGAUAUCGAUGGAACAGCCGGAAUCUUGGAUGAAGCAUCUCAAGCAAUGGCGGUGAUUGACACUCUGAGCGAUGGAAAGUUCAAGACCUUCUUCACCGAUUUCAUGAUUCAGAAAUCUGAGGAUGUGCUCGAGACAGCCUGCAAUGACAUCAAGGCCCGGGCAAGAGAUUUGCUUCCAGGAGACGAAGCUGUAGUUUGCACCAAACUUGACAAGGUAAAGGAGUCAUGUUUGAAGUCCUUUAAGGAGAAGCACCAAUCCUCGCGUUCGCAGGAAGAAUGCAUGAAUUGUGGCGGGGGUGGAUAUGGGAAAUCUCGCAAGCGGCGGGGGCGCAGAACUAUCAACAGCAGCAAUUCUGGUUGGUUCUCCAACACUAUACAUGAUGUCGACAGUACCUUUCAAAACCAAGCAGACAAAGAAUUUAAAGCUGCCCUCUAUUCUUUCCUGCUCUUUUAUAGCAAGGAUAGAAGCAAAGGAAACGAAGAAGAAUGCCCUUCGACGACUGCAAGCGCCAAGAACGAGUCACGACUUGCGCCGAGCGCAAGAUCAUUUUCGGAGAAUCCCAGAGGACGCUCAGCAACAGAUGAGUCUAAAUUGAUUGAUAGCGCGGCAGCCGCAAGAAACGGUAGCUCAGCAACAAACGUUGGCGAGGCCGAGCUCAAGUCGUCCAUUUCGACCGAUGAUCUGAACAAGGGUUCGGCUCAAGUUCGUAAGACAUCAAAGGAUGGUUUUGGGGCUGAAAAAGAACACGCUUCGAAGACGUCGUUAUAUCAAUUCAUUGGGAGCACGGCAUCACAUGAGAACAAGUACUAUCGUCCCGGUACGAAUCAAAACAGCGAAGUUAGGGCAAAAGAGGAUCGUCAUCCGAAGAAUCAGUUUCACAGACCUAGUGAUCAUCCUCACAGUGCGCGUCCAUCCAAUAAGGAAGCGAAGAGCCCAUCGAACCCACCCGAAACGGAGGUUCCAACCACAAGAGAGAAAUCUGAAGUCCCUGUACACAGAUCCCCUCGCGGGCGAAAAGAUCAACACAGCGUCUCAUCAGGCCGACCUGAUCCAUUCUCAGGUGGUGAGCGACCGGAUCAAAACGGCCUCUCCGCCGACAGACCUAUUUCUUUACAAGAUGCUCCAUUCACCAAAGGAAAGCAAGAUACUUCAAAUACCAAUUUGACGGGAAGAGGCUCGUGUUCGAUGUCUUCAGGGGCAGAUGGUGACUUCAAUGGAGUUGCUGCUCAACGCAUUAGUGAACCUCAAACCGAUCAUUACCGUUAUUCAUCUGGUGGUCCUGAAGCUGUGUCUUGUCAGCCCUGUCCAGGUUUACGUCACGCAGAUGUUGAGAGUUGUUGCCCCCCAAACAACGCACGUCAUGAAGCAGCAAGUCAGCCAACAGAAAGAGGCGACGAAGAAGUAGCGAGGGGGUAUCCAAGUAUUGGUUUCUCCUAUGGAUCUCGUCACAUGCUCUGUCACUCUCUGGUAGGUCCUCGUUGCAAUCAGCCACAGGAUUGGAAAGGGACUUUGUUGGGCAGUCAAAUGCUUUGGGCCCUGGCCACUUCUCAACGCCCUCCCCCUCAUGCGGGGUAUCACCGUCGUGGGCCGGAAGAAAAACAAGAAGAGGAGAAGCCAACCCAACCAACUGCCUGCGAGUUCUACGAAGAUGGAGUUGAAGCAUAUUUGGCACACGAGGAUGAUUGUGGUCAGGGACAUGGCAAGCCCCCUGUGUUGCUACACACCUCCGAACAACAGGAUGUGGAAAUGGAAAUCCUCGACUGA